AUGCCAAGUGUUGCUGGUGGCGGACGUUACGGAUGCCGCUCCGCAGUCCGAGGCUUCGACCCUUAUGGCGACCAUGGUCGAUUUAUACACGGGAGCUGGGGCAAAUGGAAUCAAUGUCUCAAUGGCAUUCUGGAGAACAGUGUAACCGAAGCGUUGAGCGGCUGGACUGUACAAGACGCUGUUAUUGUACUUUUUACUGGAAGCGACGCGAGCAAGUUUGCCGCCGCUGGUCGCGACUACACCAAAAACAAAACACACCAAGAGCACGCUCAGAGUACCACGCAACGCCCAUCGACAGCAAGCGUC